GAAGAAUUAAUAGCUAAUCGCCAUGGCAAAACACCACGAGGAAACGAGGAGCAGCAAGGCGACAGCAUCAACACUGUCCAAGGCUGCUCUGUAGUCCUUCCUCCCCCUUUUUCCUUUGCUUCAGCUCCAACCAACCUCCUUCCACUUUCAUCUCCUCCGUUAACUCCCCGAUUUAUUUAUUUAUUUAUUCACAAAAAGGAGCGAUCUUUCCAUUAUCGAUUUCCCCAUCUAGGAAUCCUGCUGUCACGGGCAGAUUGCGAGCGCUGGUGGAGGUGUACCGCUCCGCCUCGUCUACUAGGGUACUCUCGCUGCUUUUCCCCCAUGUCCGCUUCCAGGUGGAGGGCCGGCGAUGGUGGAAGUGGCGGAGGACCGGCGGAGGAAGGUAUGGAGUCACUCCGGCGGCUCGUGAGGCGAGUGAAGCCUUUCGAGCAUGCUGGCCUUCUGGGUUUCCUUGUCUUAACUGCUCUAUUGUUCGUUUUGCUGCUCUACUUCGCCCAUAUGGAAUACGGCUGGGGUUGGAUUAGCCGGGGCGAGGGAGGAUUGCGGAGAUCUGUGACGGUGGUUGGCGGCGGGGGGAGAGGGAGAAGCCUCGACGGCGGGGAAUGCGAUUGGUUCGAGGGGGAGUGGGUGUGGGAUGAGAGGUACCCGUUGUACGGGUCCAAGGAUUGUGCUUUUAUGGACGUGGGGUUCCGUUGCUCGGAGAACGGAAGGUCCGAUCAAUUCUAUACGAAGUGGCGGUGGCAGCCCGCCCGCUGCAGUCUCCCCAGGUUUAAUGCCAAGAAGAUGCUAAAGAGGUUGAGGAACAGAAGGUUGGCUUUUGUUGGUGAUUCCAUUGGUAGGAACCAGUGGGAGUCCCUUCUUUGUAUGCUUUCCAUGGCAGUUUCCAACAAAACCUCAAUUUAUGAAAUUAAUGGUAACCCAAUUACAAAGCACAUGGGCUUCUUGGUGUUUAAAUUUGAAGAGUACAAUUGCACAGUCGAGUAUUAUAGGGCACCGUUUUUGGUUCCUCAGAGCCGUGCCCCACCAGGUUUACCAGAGCAAAUUAAGACUACACUCAGACUAGAUAUCCUGGAUUGGUCAUCUUCCAGGUGGAAAGAUGCUGAUGUGCUUGUAUUUAACACGGGCCACUGGUGGAAUUACGAGAAGACUCUCAGAAGUGGUUGCUAUUUCCAAGAAGGGAGUGAUAUAAAGAUGGAGAUGAGUGUUGAUGCUGCAUAUCGAAGAUCAAUUCAGACAUUGUUUGAAUGGAUCCAUAAAGAAAUAGAUAGGAACAAGACUCAUGUUGUUUUUCGCACUUAUGCUCCUGUUCAUUUCAGGGGUGGUGACUGGAAAAAUGGAGGGAAUUGCCACUCAGAAACAUUUCCUGAUCUAGCUUCACCUAUGAUCCCGGAAGAAGCAUGGGCACAUUUAUUGGAACCAUUCAAAACCUUCCCACUGGAAAAUCCAUACACAACUCAGGAUUUUGAGUUGGAUCUGCUGAAUGUGACCCAGAUGACAGCUCGAAGAAAAGAUGGUCAUCUGUCUGUUUUUUAUUACGGUCCCUCGGCUACUGCUCCCCGCUACAAGCAAGAUUGCAGCCACUGGUGCCUACCUGGGGUUCCAGACACAUGGAAUGAGCUACUCUGUGCUCUCAUCCUAAAACGGGAUUCUUCACUCAGUCGAGAUACCACUGUUUAAGCACUACUGUCUACUGCCUAACUUGCGUGGAACUCAUACAGGAAAGGUUUGGCAUUCCUUCUGCAGACAUCGUCUUUUCCUAUGACCAACUUCAGGUCCAAACACGGUUAGAUCCCGCCGCAUCAACUGCAUAACUGAUUUGCGAUCCAAGAGGCUUGCGGAUUAACUUGAUAGAACUGCUAUUGAAGCAAAUUAAAUGUAAAUAUUAUAGCCUAUCUUGUAAAUUGGUGAUAUCUGUUCUGAUUGUAAAGCAACAACACAUUAUACAGAGGUACACAAUAGGAACAGAAUUUUUGAAAAACUUAGGUAUGAUUCUGUCAACACCUUAUGCUUGGAGCUUGAAAGCCCUUUUUAACUAGCUUCAUUUAUUUUUCUGUUUAUUGUAUUACAUUUGAAACAGAACCUAAAACUCCAAGGUAGGAUUUUGUUGUACAUCAUUUUCUGAAUAUGGAUGAGUAGAGAUUGUGUUUGUUCAUAA